AUGGCAGCAGUAGCAAGGCCAAGGUGGGGACAAGAUGGGCAGUGUGAGUGGGAUGGGAAACUUGGUAUAUUUCCAUUCACAGAUGCAGUGGCAGCAAAGAGAACAUCCAAAAAUAGAGUCAAGGGGACAAUUGAGACUAAACCAAUCAAGUCAGUUAAUCAGAUUGCAACUAGGGCCAUGCUAAUCAACUACCUAAUCCCAGCAAUUAAAGAGAAAUGGCCACCACAUGAGGGGGAAAGGGUGAUAUACAUCAUUCAAGACAAUGCAAAGGCACACAUUUUGCAAAAUGAUCAAGAAUGGCAACAACAUUACAAGCAAGAUGGCUUCACAUUGAUAUUGACUCAGCAGCCAGCAAACAGUCCAGAUUGUAACAUAUUAGACUUGGGGUUCUUUAGGUCAAUUCAAUCACUAAUGCACAAAAAUAUGCCUAAAACAGUUGAAGAUUUAAGUGGUGCUGUGACUGAGGCAUAUAAUGAACUGCAUGCAAAGACUCUAUCUAAUGUGUGGAUGUCACUUCAAUAUGUUGGAAAUGAAAUUUUGAAACACAAGGGGGACAAUGACUACCAACUCCCACACAACAAGAAAAAGAUUUUAGAAGAUGAGGGGAAUCUGCCAGAACAAGUUAAGGCCCCAAGGUGGGCUGUGAAUGAAUGCAAACAACUUGUUGAUGAAUGGAGAGCAAAUCAGUGA